AUGUCCGGUAUACUCCCUCCUUACUUACGUGCUGUCUCCAAGUCCGUCAUACCAAGUGGAUUGAAACUUCGGGCCAAAUAUGCUCUACUGAUGCCCCAUCUCCCAAACGAUGUUCCAGAAAACCUCAGCGCAUCAUUCAAGAAGUGCCAAUACGCCGCAAGCGAAGCAAUGCUCUCCAUGACAGCUAUCGACAACCGCAGACGGCAUCGCUACGAAGCACUAUGCCCCAUAGGCGAUGGCGUGCGUUCGGCUCGUCAUGCCAUCGUUAUAAACCGUCUUUUCGACUGGAAAACUGAUUACUACCCAGCCAAUCCCACAUUAGCAGCAACACCGAAAUUUGAACGGAUAGCGGUGGAGGGUAUUUGUGUCUCUCGCGUCGCAUACACUGAAUGGACACAUACCUGCAGGGAGCUCACCAAUUACAUGAAAGGCCGAUACGCAGAAUACUGCCAAUUAAAGCUUGUUUGUGAACGGGAAAUUGAGAAUGCCAAAGUAAAUGGCGAUCUUGAUGGGCACACUUGUAAGAUUCUGUACGCCUUACUCCACAAACAAUUUCUAGGAGAAAUGGGCAAAUGGGAAAUGUAUGUCCAGCAGCUGGCAGUGCCGACCUAUGAGGAAUUACUGGUUGAGUUGCACUGCAUUUUCUUUGAACGCGUUGAGGACGGUGAUGUUCUUUUCCAAGAGCUCUGUGAUGCGGGUCGGUUUCCCGAUUGCAGUUUAGCUGAAAAGUUUGAAUUGGCUGAGAAUGACUGUACGGCACUAUUAUUUGAGUCUCCUACAACACGAUGUGAUCUGGAUCAUAAUGUUGUUGUGAGAUAA